GUGCAUAUAAUUACGCUAACCAAAACAUUCAUCUGACCUGCAGCAGCUGAGAAACUAAUGGAGAUCUCUCCACCCCUCCAUUUAUGCCAUGUCUCAAAGACAUCAAUUUUCAUCAACAGAUUACAUGGACUCCUCCACUCUAUUGCUAUAGCUUUCUUGAUCUACUACAGAGCUUCCUUUCUCUUCCAAGAGCCCCAAACCAAAGCCACAGUUCCCAUGUUACUAUGGCUUCUAGUUUUUGUCGCUGAGCUGCUUCUCUCCUUUAUAUGGCUGAUUGGCCAAGCCUAUCACUGGCAUCCCGUUUCUCGCACAGUUUUCCCUGAAAGACUGCCUGAGGAUGAUAAACUCCCGGCCAUUGAUGUAUUUAUAUGUACUGUGGAUCCUGACAAGGAGCCAACCUUAGACGUAAUGAACACUGUUCUAUCGGCCAUGGCAUUGGAUUAUCCGGCAGAGAAGCUUAAUUUGUAUUUAUCGGAUGACGGUGGCGCAGCUGUUACUUUGCAUGGUAUGAAAGAAGCUUGGAGGUUUGCAAAAUCUUGGCUACCAUUUUGUAAGAAGUAUGGAAUCAAGACAAGAUGUCCCAAGGCUUACUUUUCAGCAACAUCCAAGGAUGAUGAUAGCUUUGGAAGCUCUAAUGAGUUCAUGGCAGACAGGCAAAUAAUUCAGGAAAAAUACGAGGAUUUUAAGGAACGUGUGAUGAGGUUUCGAGAAGAUUUCGUCUUGGAAGAGACGAAAAGUGAUAUUACAGGUCGAGAUCAUCCUGCUCUUAUUGAGGUGAUACAAGAUAAUUCAAAUGAGGAAGCUCCAAAAGAUGAAGCUAAUGAGAUGCCCCUUCUUGUUUACGUUUCUCGUGAGAAGAGGCCUUCUCAUCCUCACCAUUUCAAGGCUGGAGCCCUUAAUGUCCUUCUUAGGGUCUCUGGGGUGAUAAGCAAUUCUCCUCAUAUACUAGUGCUGGACUGUGACAUGUAUUGCAACGACCCAACUUCAGCUAGGCAAGCGAUGUGUUUCUUCUUUGAUCCUAAUAUCUCUUCCUCGCUGGCAUUUGUUCAGUUCCCUCAGAGGUUUCAUAACAUUAGCAAACAUGAUAUCUAUGACAGUCAGCUAAGAUCCACUUUCGGGAUACUAUGGCAAGGUUUAGAUGGGCUGAAGGGACCAGUCUUGUCUGGCACUGGCUUUUAUAUCAAGAGGAACUCACUCUAUGGCGAUUCUAUGCAAAAAGGUUGCAACCUUCUUGAACUUAGAGACACUUUCGGCUUAUCAAAUGAAUUCGUAAAUUCCAUUCGACAAAACUACAAGGCUAAUCCGAUGAGUUAUGGGAGCGUUUCCAGCAUGUUGCUUCAAGAGACUAGAAUUUUAGCCUCAUGUGACUAUCCAAGACACACAAAAUGGGGUGAAGAGGUAGGUUUUUUGUACCAUUCAGUCGCGGAAGAUUUCUUCACAGGUUUCAUUUUACACUGCAAAGGCUGGUUAUCAGUCUAUCUUAACCCAUCGAGGCCGCAAUUUUUGGGCACUUCUAUCACAAGUUUAAAUGACCUAUUGAUUCAAGGCACAAGAUGGAGCUCUGGGUUGGUUGAAGUUGGUCUUUCAAGGUUUUGCCCUCUUAUAUAUGGAACUUUGAGGAUGUCUUUCCUUGAGAGCUUGUGCUAUGCAGAAAUUUCACUUUUCCCUCUUUUCUACUGUUUGCCUUUAUGGUGUUUUGCUACCAUCCCUCAACUUUGUCUGCUAAAUGGAAUCCCGUUGUACCCCAAGGUUUCGAGUUCAUUCUUCAUUGUAUUUUCAUUCAUUUUCCUAUCAGCCGUCUCCAAACAUUUGUAUGAGGUCCUCAAAAGUGGAGGGUCAAUCAAUACAUUGGUAUACGAACAAAGAUUAUGGAUGAUGAAGUCAGUUUCGACUCACACUUAUGGGAGUUUGGAUGCUGUCAUGAAAAGGAUAGGAGUAAGGGAAGCCAGUUUCUUGCCUACCAAUAAGGCUGCUGAUGAAGAAAAGUUCAAGCUCUACCAAAUGGGUAAAUUUGAUUUCAAAACAUCAUCAAUGUUGCUUGUUCCUAUGGUUACGGUUAUAAUCUUGAACAUGGCAUCAUUUGUUCUGGGAGUGAUCAGAAUUAUCAUUGCUGGCAAUUGGGACAGUAUGGUUGUCCAAGUUUUCCUUUCAUCUUACAUCUUAGUGAUGAAUUCUGCAAUUAUUGAAGGAAUGACUAUAAGGAAGGACAAGGGAUGCAUUCCAUUAUCAGUUAUUGUGCUCUCUACUGUAUUUUCGAUAAUUUUCUUGUGUCUGGGAUCUUUCUUUUUAAUGUAUUAAGCAAUAUACUCGCACCAUAUUUUUCACAUUAUAACCACGUAAGAGCUGUAGGUCGAUAUGAAAUCUUUGUUCGCAUACAACUUAAUGAAAUAAAACUGCUUGUUCUAGUGAA